AUGGAUGACGAGCGCCUUGGGCGAGCAGUACCUACAUCGCCUGCUAAACCCCCCAGCAACGACAUCAAGCUCUCCGGCCAGUACGCAACCAUCGUCCCAGUACAUCCGGAUCAUGCGGCAGAGUUGUACGAGCUCAUUAAAGGAGAUGAUAACGCAUCGCUAUUCGACUUCAUCUUCGACAAGCAUCCCAAGUCCCUCGAAGAACUCCAGGCUAGCCUCGCAGUGAAAGCAGCAACAACGCAUCCUUGGACCUACACCAUCCUUCGAAACAACCCGCAAGAUGGAACAUGCAGGCCAGUAGGAAUGGUGGAUCUGAUGCGUAUGGAUCUUCCAAACCGCGUCAUUGAGGUGGGCAAUAUACAAUACACACCCGCGUUGCAGCGCACACCCGCCGCCACGGAGGCCAUGUAUUUGCUCGCCAAGUAUGUGUUUGAAACUCUUGGGUUCAGAAGAUAUGAGUGGAAGUGCAAUAGCCUCAAUCAUCCGUCGCGUCGAGCGGCAGAGCGAUUAGGAUUCAAGUACGAGGGUACGUUCCGGCAGCACAUGAUUGUCAGGGGACGCAAUCGCGAUACCAAUUGGUACUCUAUCCUGGAUUCUGAGUGGGAUCAUGUCAAGAGCGGUUUGGAGAAAUGGUUACAUCCUGACAACUUCGACGAGGAAGGGAGACAGAAGAAGACGUUACAGCAGUUGAGGGAAUCGUAA